AUGUCUAACAAACGGAGAUUUGAUGAGGCUGCCCUUCAGGGAUACGACAACGACGAGUUGUUGAUGCCCAAUGCUGGAGAUACUGUUGACGACGCGUUGCUCUUCGAAAACAUACAGCUUAGCCCCCCGAACCCCGAACUAGUCGAACAGGCAAUCUCACAACAGGUCGAGACUGCUGAGAUACCUUCUGCUACAGUUGUUCCUGAGGAAAUCUCAACAACCACCAUACCCAGACCUCCACUUGAAGAUCGUGAUGCCGCUAUAACCACUGCCUUGGAAGCUGCCGAUCCCUCAAGGGCUGCGUUGGAGGCCUUGCAAGAAUCGGAAGAUGCUACAGCUCAACAAACUGUGCGGAAGCCACCAAAGAAAAAGGCUCGGAAAAAUCAUGAACCUACACAAAAUAAGGGUAAAUCUGAUUGGAGAGAUGCCUACCUCACCAAUCACCAUAAUAGAAAAAAUAAAAUGAUGGUCGAAUGGUUAGCGGCAAAAGAGAAGCACGAGAAAGCGCUGAAAGCAGCACACCCAAAUGGCUCGGCCCCUAAAGAAGAUCAAUUCAAAAAGCGUGAGCCUCUCACAAGAGCGCCUACAGCUUGUGAUUACUGCAGACUAUUCAAGUCGAGAUGCAAUAGUGACAAGGACACGGAAUGUUCAAAUUGUGUCAAGUCAAACUCAUGGUGCGGCGAAACAAAUGCAUCCACUGGAGUCACCCAUUAUCGCGGGUGGAAUAGGGACCAGGAAGAAAAAAUUCAAACGCUGGAAGAGGAGCUUGAUGGUCUUAAAAGAGGCGAACAGAAUAACAGGAACAAAAUCGAGGAGCUGGAAAAACAACUCGAUGCUUGGAAAACAUGGGCCAUCAAAGUUGCAUGGCUUAAACAUGGCGUAAGACCUCCUAGUGCGCUUCUCCCCAACAUUCCUGCAAGAAAUACUUCCCGGGCAAACUAUUCUUGGGGAAAGAUUCAGUUUCCCCCUCUGCCGACCUUUCCUACCUAUACCUCCUGGCCAAACCCCGGAGGCACAGAACAUGUCAGGGACUACAGCGGGAAAGGCACCGCGCAAGUUCCGGCAGCUGGAAGCUUGGGUCCUAAUCAAUCGAGCCAUCUUGGCCUAGACACCGUUGCCAGUGGCUCGUCACAAACGGCUACUAGCUAUCAUCCGCAACAGAAUGGAGAAGGACUUGCUUCACUGACUAGUUACUCCCAAAUUGGCCGUCUCCAACCAGAUACUCUCCUCCAUCAAGACACAGCCGUCAAUUCUUACCGUGAGCGGUUUCACCAACCCCUCGACGGUCAGAUGGACGGAAUGCCUCACGGACUCCCCACUCCCCAGUACAGUGUUUUCAAUCCCCCACUGGGCCAAGGGCUUCCGCCUUUGCACACCUUUCCCUCGCAAUAUCCUGCGCCGCUGCAGAUCCAACAACUUCAUAACAACCAGAUAGGUUACUAUACUUCUCCUCCUGCACACGUCAUUGCCCAGGGAGCUCAUCCGGUUAAACCUGACUCAUCCUACGUCUACGAAAGCCCGCAGACUGAGGAUGCCUCUUCUAAUUUGCAACAGCCAGCAGAAGACAACGAAUUAUAUGAGGAAUGA